UUGGUGUUAAUAUUAUGAGCUUGUCAGAUUAUUUUGGGUACUCUUGUCUGAUUGUUUUAGUUAAUACAUUGCAAUAAAUUUAAAUAUGUCUGGGAAAACAGCACUUUUACUUCUUGCUGAAGGAGCAGAAGAGAUGGAAUCUGUUAUUACAAUUGAUGUAUUAAGGCGAGCCAAGAUUGAAGUUACAGUGGCUGGGUUAGAUGAGCAUUUAGUAAAAUGUAGCAGAAAUGUCCGUAUUCAACCAGAUGAUAUUUUGGAAAAUAUAAAAGACAAAAUGUAUGAUGCUGUUAUUAUACCUGGUGGCCUUGGUGGUGCAAAGAAGCUCUCUGAGUCUACGGUUGUGAAAAAUAUCCUCGAAAAACAUUUUAAACACGAGAAAUUAAUAGCUGCCAUUUGUGCCGGACCCACCGUUUUAGAUGCACACAAUGUAGGGAAAGGAAAAAAAGUAACUUCAUACCCAUCGUUAAAAGACAAGAUGAAGGAUUAUACUUAUGUGGCAGAAAAGGUUGUUACAGAUGGUAAUCUGGUGACUAGUCAAGGACCGGGAACUAGUUUUAAUUUUUCUCUUGAAAUUGUGAAAAUAUUGGUUGGCUCAGAUAUUGCCGAAGAAGUUUCAACAGGAAUGCUUCUGUAAUACUCUUUUCGAGCUUUUUCUUAUAUAUUUAUAUUUAUCCUAUAUAUUGCUUUAAUAAUAAAAGAAAAGUAGUCUUA